AUGUCUGACGUUGAAGAACAAUACGAAGAACAACCACAAGAAGUCGUUCAAGAAGAAUUACAAUUAGUUGAAUUAGCUACUCCUAUCCCAGUUGAAGUUCAAGAAGCUCAAAGAGAAGUUAAGUUAUUCAACAAGUGGUCUUUUGAAGAUGUUGAAGUCACUGACGUUUCUUUAGUUGACUACAUUCAAAUCAGAUCUCCAGUCUUUGUUUCCCACACCGCUGGUAAAUACGCUGCCAAGAGAUUCAGAAAGGCUCAAUGUCCUAUUGUCGAAAGAUUGACCAACUCUUUAAUGAUGAACGGUAGAAACAACGGUAAGAAAUUAAAGGCCGUCAGAAUCGUUAAGCACUCCUUGGAAAUCAUCCACGUCUUAACUGAACAAAACCCUCUCCAAGUCUUAGUUGACGCUAUUGUCAACUCUGGUGCCAGAGAAGAUUCUACCAGAAUUGGUUCUUCCGGUACUGUCAGAAGACAAGCUGUUGAUGUUUCUCCAUUAAGAAGAGUUAACCAAGCUAUUGCUUUAUUAACCAUCGGUGCCAGAGAAGCUUCUUUCAGAAACAUCAAGACCAUUGCUGAAUGUUUAGCUGAAGAAUUAAUCAACGCUGCCAAGGGUUCUUCUACUUCUUACGCCAUCAAGAAGAAGGAUGAAUUAGAAAGAGUUGCCAAGUCUAACCGUUAA